AACAGACAAGGUUUUGUGUCUACUGGUUCUUCGAUCUGCCAGAAAGCUUCAGAGAGGGUGAUACUGACAUGGGAUGUGAUGGAGGAACCAUACCAAGGCGAGAUGAGAUGGUCAAGUUGAAGAAAAAGGCUGAAAAGGCUGACAAAGAUGCUGAGCUGGCCGCCAGGUGGAAGCACUGUGCCCUCACUUCAGAGGAUCUAAAACGUCCAGUGGUCUCUUGUGAACUGGGAAGGCUGUAUAAUAAGGAGGCCCUCUUGCUUGCCCUGCUGGACAAACCAGCCCUACCCGACCUAGCCAAACACAUACGUAGCCUCAAGGAUGUAGUGGAGCUCAAAUUCACCAUCACCCCUGGCUACAAGGCUACAGCUGCUGAUGACGGCUACAAUGACACGCAGUCAUCAGAGUAUGUGUGUCCUGUGACAGGCCUGGAGAUGAGUGGCCGAUACAGGUUUGCCUACCUCCGUGGGUGUGGGUGUGUGUUCUCUGAGAAGGCAUUGAAGGAAGUACCAUCUGAGUUAUGCCAUAAGUGUGGUUCCCCAUUCACACCAUUUGACAUUGUGAUCAUGAAUGGAACUGAGGAGGACAUUAAGAGACAGACGGAAAAGAUGCUCGAGAAAAGACAGCUGGCAAAGCAGACCAAGGCUGCAAAGAAGAAGCGUAUGGCCGAUACUGUCCAGUGUGACUCCUCCACCUCCACCUCCACUUCCACGUCCACGUCCACGUCCACCUCUACUGAGUUAAGUGUUGCAUCCAGUUGUGAAAGUAGCGACACUAAGCUGCUACCAUCCACCACGGAGGCUACUACUUGUGAACCAAGCUCAGCUAUCACCCAGCCUAUCAAUACUGAUAUGUCCUUGGAGGAGAACAGAGACAGCCCACCACUUGCAAAGAAGCUGAAAAUUGAAAGCCAAAUUAAAGAACCUUCGACAAAAUCUGGUGCUCCUAGUAGUAAGAAAGUUUCGGUGGCACAGAGGCAGUCAAAGUUUCGUUCAAGUAGCCAAGCAUCUGGAAGUAAGCUCCGAUCAGGCUCUUCUGUGGCAGCUGUUACUAAGAGGACGACCAAAGUGGUUGAUUCUACUUUCAGGCCUGCUGCUGAAGACGCGUCCGCUCGUAAAGUGUAUAAGUCGCUUUUCAACUCCUCAGAAAGCUCAAAACCCAAGAGAACUUCAAACUGGAUUACGUACAACCCUUAUUUUUAGCUCACUCUUGUAUGGCAUGUAGUUACUGUGAGUAUUGAGUUACUGUGAGUAUUGAGCAUGUGUUGUACAUUGUACGAUCAACCACACAUUCAUGUUGUGAUCUUUACCUAAUGUAUUUCCUUAGUCUACUAUUUACAUUUUUCUGUUGUGAUCUUUACCUACCGGUAAUGUGUUCCUUGAAGAAUGUUGGGUCCAGGUG